GUUGGAGUCAAGGUAUAACAAGGAGGCUGCGCUACACUGCCCCAGUGCGGAUCGUCUACGAACGAGGAGGAGGGUGGAGGCAACGAAGAGAACGACGGAAGAUUCUAGCUGCUACGAUUUACCACAACGUCAGUUACACGGUCACGCUCGUACAGACGACUCGCUUCUCUAUUCACGCUCUGAUUCUUCAGCGCUUGAGUUUUCUUUUCCCUUGGCGGGGAGUUUCACGUAAUUAUCACACCCAAGUUCAACGUCUGACUACGAAAGUCCUGUUCGUUCACGUCCGCAAAAGAUGCCUCCGGGUACCGGUGGAAUGAAAAAGACGACCGGUCCUGUCUGGCUUUUCUUCGUCUGUUUGACAAUUGUACUGCCGAUCGUUUUGGCUCAAAUUCCGCAGGCCAAGACUAAUGUCCGUGAAAGGGAAAAGCAAAUUCUGGACAAAAUCCUUCAACCGAUCGUUUACGACCGGAGAAUCCGUCCGUCGGGCGCAAACGGAACAGAUGGACCAACCAUUGUCGACAUCAAUUUGAUGUUCCGCAGUUUCCCGACCAUCAGCGAUAACAAAAUGGAAUAUUCAACCAUUUUGACGUUCCGUGAAGAAUGGCUCGACGAGAGGCUGAAGUAUAGCGAUUUCAACGGCAAAAUUAAAUAUCUUACGCUGACCGAUCCCUACAAAGUCUGGAUGCCCGAUCUGUUCUUCUCCAAUGAACGCGAGGGACAUUUUCACAAUAUCAUCGUUCCCAACGUUUACGUCCGCAUCUUCCCGAAUGGCGCCGUACUUUACAGUAUUCGUAUAUCACUGACGUUAUCGUGUCCGAUGAACCUCAAGCUGUACCCGCUCGACAGACAAACAUGCACUCUCUCCAUGAUCAGCUACGGAUGGACUACCGAAGACCUGGUCUUCCAGUGGAAGCAGAUCGAUCCGGUUCAAGUGGCGAGAAACAUGCAUCUUCCCCGUUUCAUCCUUGAAAAGUUCCAGACUGAUUUAUGCAACAGCAUAACCAACACAGGCGAAUAUUCGUGCCUGAAAGUGAACUUGCUGUUCAAACGCGAGUUCUCCUACUACUUGAUCCAGAUCUACAUUCCUUGCUGUAUGCUGGUCAUCGUCUCGUGGGUUUCAUUUUGGCUGGAUUCGAAUGCCGUUCCGGCUCGCGUUUCCCUGGGAGUCACCACUCUACUAACCAUGGCUACCCAAACUACUGGCAUCAAUAACUCCCUGCCUCCCGUCUCCUACACUAAAGCUAUCGACGUAUGGACGGGUGUUUGCUUGACUUUCGUGUUUGGUGCUCUGCUCGAGUUCGCCCUGGUCAAUUACGCAUCUCGUUCUGAUGCUCACAGAGAGAAGCUCAAGAAACAAAGACGUCAGUGGGAAAUGGAACGAGAACGGGACCAACAAGCGAUGGUGAUGGAGGCCGCUGCAGCUGCGGCCGUCGUGGAAAGCCGCAUGGACGACGGAUCAACUACGUUUGCCAUGAAACCGUUGCCACGGUUGAGAAAUGACGGUAUUACAUUGGACAAGUCACGCCCUUUGCAUUCGUCUUAUGAUUUUCAUCUCGGCAUUCGGAGCUCUUCGGUGGGAAACAAUUCGAAUUGUUGGCGAUCGUGGAUCUCAAAAUUUCCGUCACGCUCUAAGCGUAUCGACGUUAUUUCGCGCAUCAUCUUUCCGGUUAUGUUCGCACUUUUUAAUUUGAUCUACUGGUCGACCUACCUCUUCCGCGAAGGCAGCGAAGAAGAGUAGGAAAAAGGUAGUUUAAAGCGGAGCAAUUGGAUAAGAGAAACUCGUGUCCCGCUCUCUUCCGUUGUUUUCAGGACACUGAUGUCACGCUCAACCAUUUUGCCAAAGCCAAAGAGGUUGAUUUCAAAACAGGAAAUAAAAAAAAGUAUUGACAACACUGCUCAGAUUUUUGAAUUUCUAUAUGCUGUAAUGACGGUUAACCGCCAACUCGCGUACCAAAGGAAAUCUAUUCGAUUCAAAUAAUUUUUUUUUAAACUUGUUGCUAUCUCGUGACAAUCUUCCCCAACAAAAACGGAUUUUACAAACUGAUGGAUUUAAAUCAGCCGUGUAUUCUUAUAAGCGCCCUCACGAAAGUACAUAACUUUACCAAUCUGUUGUAUGUUCAACGUUUAUAUCAAAUCAUUUGGCUAUUGUGUCCCCCGUUCCGGUGUCUCCCUCGUUGCUAUUCGAUGAUAUUCAGGAACAAACACAAAUUCAAUACACACAAUGUAUUCUCA